ACGUCAAUUCUAGUCGACACAGCUACCAUGCUAUCAGCGCAUUUCUAGAAACUCUGUUAGUUUCGGAUGCGUCAAACCGUGUUUUUACAGAACAGCAUCACCGUGGCUUUCCAUUGAAAGACAUUUACACCACAGUAGUAGGUAGUGUCUGCUUCAGGAAGGUUUUGUGAAAAAAUGCUGGCUGAAAAAGUUAGCUGUAACGCCAGCUAGUAAUGUUAUGUCAACUUGGCUUUUAGCUUGCCUUCUAACGUUAUCUUAACGUUGCAUUGGUGAUAACAAAGUAUUUACUCUAUUUACCCUGUAUCAUUUGUUGGUGUAUGUGUUCAUUAUAUAGUUACUGUAACGUUGCAGGUAUAAAUGUGUAGUUGGUUGUAGUUGUCACGUUUCUCAUAGUCUGUUUAGGGUAGCCAAGUAACGUUAACAUUACUCACGUGUCAGAAACCUAGCAUUGGCUGAUGCUAACUGUUGGUUCUGACCUGGUUCUGACAGGGUAUGUGACAAAAAAUAGAGCUUGAUUAGUAAAUGUCCAGAUAAUCUGUUAAACUUCCAUUUGGUCUUAUGAUUUAGUAAUAUCAAUAUCUAACAUUGGCCAUUUGGACCUAUGGUAACGUUAUAAGAUAGCGAUGAGCAGUGGGAACAAAGCCAUAGAACUUCAGAUGCAAAUGCGUCAGAAUACUGAAGAUCUCCAAAACUUCAUGAGAGAACUUGACAACUGGGAAGCUGACAUAAAGAAGAAGGACGAACAUCUGCGUACAGCGAACGAGGGAGACAGCACAACAAAUAUACCUCCGGUGAGAAACAAAGAUUUCAAAAAGAAGAAGCGUAAAACAAAAUGCAAAAUAUCAGACAAGGAUGCUCACACUGAAGACAAGAAAUCAAGUCGCAUUAAGUCAUAUGACUAUCAGUCCUGGGAGAAAUUUGAUGUGGACAAAGCUCUGGAUUCAGUAGACAAGGAGGAGAGUCAAGAGGAGUCAAACGAGUCAGAUUCUGAGGACGGUGCGGUUAAGGUUGACCAAGAGGCAGCUCUGGCUGAGAAGGAAAAGGGUAACCAGCUUUUUAAGCAAGGAAAGUAUGAUGAAGCUCUGGAGUGCUAUACCAGAGGCAUGGAUGCUGACCCCCAUAACCCCAUCCUUCCUACCAAUAGGGCUGCUUGCUUCCUCAGACUCAAAAAGUAUGCUGUUGCUGAGUCCGACUGCAAUUUGUCUAUUGCGCUGGACAGUAAAUACAUCAAAGCUUAUGCUCGAAGAGGAGCUGCACGCUUUGCCUUAGGGAAUUAUCACUCCGCUUUAGAAGAUUAUGAGACAGUUCUCAAGCUGGAACCUGGCAACCUGGAGGCUCAGAAUGAGCUGAAAAAAGUCAAAGAGGCCUUGGCUACAGCGGGACCCUCAGAGAAAGGAGAGGAAAGAGAAGCGGGGGAGACUGUGAUGGACCCCGCCCAGCAGAGCAAGCUCGAGGAGCAGCAGAAAAGACAGGAGGCAGUGUUGCACAAGGACCGGGGCAAUGCUUACUUCAAAGAGGGGAAAUAUGAAGCUGCCGUAGAAUGCUACACACAGGGCAUGGAGGUAGAUGCUACCAAUGUUCUCCUUCCAGCCAACCGAGCGAUGGCUUACCUGAAACUGGAGAGAUUUGCAGAAGCAGAGGAUGACUGUGGUAUAGCCAUAGCUUUGGAUGGCACCUAUUCCAAAGCCUUUGCCAGACGGGGAACAGCCAGAGCCGCCCUGGGAAAGCUGCAAGAAGCCAAAGCAGACUUUGAAAAAGUGCUGAAGUUGGAGCCUGGAAACAAGCUAGCUGUAAAUGAACUCAACAAGAUUAAAAUGGAUAUUAAUGCGGGCCGAACGUCAGUCGGCGAGCACACCCAGAGAAGAGUAGUCCAGCCAAUAAGCAAGCCACCCCACUUGCGCUCAACUAAGCCACUAAGAAGGGUGGAAAUUGAGGAGAUCAAAGGAGAUAUCGCCCCGUCCGACAGGUCCCUUAGCACGGAGGGUGCAUCUGUCCCCCUUAAACCUCGGGUCCCAUCACCACUGGCAGUUCAGGCUGAGAGUGAGGCGAAAGGUGAAGGGUCAUCACUAGGCUCAUCCCCGUCUGCCAAAAUACAGAAGAUUGAGGAGCUGCCGGACCCAGUUCCACAAUCUCCAACCAAGGGACCUGAGGGUGAUGGUUCAAAAGCCUCAAGGAGUAAGCCAGUAGAGAGGCUCCCAGACGCCUCAGAACAGGCCGCCGCCACCUCAAGCCACCAGGAGUCUGUCGUCCUACCGCCCCCGCCAGGCAACAGUUUCCAGUUCGAGGCUGACUUGAGGAAGAUUGGAGAAAGGCCUGAAAUAAUUUACAGAUAUUUAAAGCAAAUUCAACCAGAGGCUUACACCAGAAUUUUUCAGAACUCCCUAGAACCUGAAAUUUUGGAUCAGAUUUUGAGGACUCUCCAAAAUUACUACAUCAAGAAUGAAGAGCCUACACUCAUCCUGGAGAUCCUCAAGAGCCUGGCGAGCGUGAGGCGAUUCGACAUGGCAGUCAUGUUCAUGUCAUCGGCAGAGAAGAAAGUGAUCCAGGAGCUGUUUGAGGCUCUGCAGCAAGCAGGACUUAGGGAUGCAUCCGUCCAGGCCCUGCAGAAGAAGUAUGGAGUAUGACAUCUGCGCUGAGAGGAGAACUAUGGCAAAGGCAGCUCUCCAGAGCUGCCGACGAAUGAAUAUAUCCGACCAGGUGGAGCUGAAGUACGUUUCUGGGAUAUUACAUUGUGGAAUAUAGCCCUGGAAUUGACACUGACACUGCAAAGACCCAGUAGGGCCAAAGGAGGCGGUGAAUGAAUUUCACAAGUGUGAUUGUGCUUUACAUUGAAUUAAAUGU